AUGGAGCAAAAUUUGUGUCUAUCUAAGAAUAGUAAUAUUAUAGCUUUGAAUCCAUAUCUAGAUUUACGUGGAGUUCUAUGCGUUGGUGGAAGAUUGAACAAGUCGAAUCUUAAAAUACAUGAGAAAAAUCCAACCAUUAUACCGGGUAAACAUUAUAUAGCCAAGUUACUUAUACGCCAUUAUCGUGAAACUGUUUGCCACCAAGGACGCCAUUUUACCGAAGGGGCGCUCAGAAAGGCAGGUUUCUGGAUAACGGGAGCAAAACGCUUGAUACAGUCGUUCAUACAUCGUUGUGUCACUUGUAGAAAAGUGAGGGGUACUUUGGAAAUUCAGAAGAUGGCGGAUCUCCCGUCCGAUCGGCUUGAACCUGGGCCACCAUUUUGUAAUGUUGGCAUCGAUGCUUUUGGUCCAUGGCAUGUAGUUACCAGGAAAACCCGUGGUGGUAGCGCACAAUCAAACCGGUGGGCGAUAUUAUUUUCGUGUCUCACAACUCGAGCAGUGCACACUGACGUUGUGGAAGAAAUGUCUUCUUCUGCAUUUAUUAACGCUCUAAGAAGAUUUGUGGCAAUUCGUGGAAAAGUAAAGAUAUUUAGGUCUGACCGAGGGACAAAUUUUGUUGGCUCAACCGAUCAUUUGAAGAUUGAUACAGUGAACGUGGAGAAUGGACCUCUAAGAGACUUUUUAUACAAAUCUGGAACAGUUUGGAUAUUCAACCCUCCUCACUCCUCACACAUGGGGGGAGUGUGA